AUGUCAGUAAUUCCAAGUUCAAAGAAAUACGCAAUAGCAGGAUUAUUAAUACAUGCAGCUGGAUCUCAAGUAACAGAAGAUAAAAUUGAAGAAAUAUUUAAAGAACUUAAAAUUAAGUAUAAUUCAAAGAUAGCAUCAUUAUUUGUACACUCAGCCGAAUCAUAUGAUUCGUUUAUUAGUAGUUCUUUUGGUACUUCAACACCUGUUGCAUCAAAAGCAGUUAAUAACGCAGUAGUAGAGGAAGAGGAAAGUGAAGAAGAAGAAAGUUCUUCUGGUGUAAGUCUUGAUUUUUAA